GGUGGGACACUUAAGUGUCAUCGGUCCGUAUAUAAGCGCAAGUCCGUCUCGAUACAAAUAUCAUUCGCAUAACAGCUUGUAAAACAAUAUCGACUUCCUUCAACUCAUCAACCUACCAAACCAAAUAAAAACCAAAAAUGAACGCCAUCAUGAAAAUCACAUUAGCCGCCGUUGCAGUUUUCGCGUCCGCCAUGAUGACCGCUUCUGCCAAACCAACUGAACUCGUGCCCGCCGCCGCCAUCGCUCCAGUGGCCGUUGCUACGCCAUACGCUAGCUCGUUCACGUCACACAGCGUGGCCCACAGCGUAGCCACCCCGGUCGUACCGGCCGCUCCGUACGUGGCCGCCGCUCCAUACGCCGCGGCACCAUACGUCGCUUCGCCUUACGCGGCCGCACCUUACGUCGCCGCGGCUCCUUACGUGGCCUCUCCUUACGCCGCGUCGCCAUACGGGGCCUCUCCUUACGGUUACUACCCGUACGCCGCUCCGGCUUACCUGUAAAGGACGUUCCGAACUAAGAUGACCACCGCACAGCAGUCUCCACGCGACAACGGACGAGAGACGACCGCAACAACAACUGCUAACGCCACUGAUUCUUUUCAUUUUUAUAAUAUUUAGAUCGCAUUUUUUAUACAAAUAUCGUACAGACGAUAUAUUAUAUCAUUUGUAAACAUAAAAAACCGUAAAUGUCACGGCGACACGAACAUAAUGUGUAUCGUGUGUGUAUAUACAUGCAAAAAUAUAAUGUAUCAAUAUUAUAAUAUAAUAAUAUACCUAUAAUAUGUACAUACUAUGAAAUGAAUAUUUGUUUGUUUGUCCUCUGUAAUAUAUUACACCUUUUUUAUAUUCA